AUGGCGUCUUCCCGCGUACUUCCUGCUCAACAACAGGUGACCAAGACCACCACAGAUGGCCCUCUUGUGUCCACUGUGGCAUCUUGCGACUCGUCAGAACCCUAUUGCAUCCUCUUGAGAUCCCGUCGCAACUACAGAUUUAAUAGGAUACUCUUGUAUAUUAAGGCACUGCAGACGGAGACUUCCGCGGGAGCCAGGAAGAUGAUUCUCUUCGCCCUGCUGUUCUCAGCGCGAGGCUUUGUGGCACAGUUUGUGUGGCCCCCAGAUGGUGUGGCACAGAUUGUGUGGCUCCCAGAUGGUGUGGCACAGAUUGUGUGGCCCCCAGAUGGUGUGGCACAGUUUGUGUGGCCCCCAGAUGGUGUGGCACAGAUUGUGUGGCCCCCAGAUGGUGUGGCACAGAUUGUGUGGCCCCCAGAUGGUGUGGCACAGAUUGUGUGGCCCCCAGAUGGUGUGGCACAGAUUGUGUGGCCCCCAGAUGGUGUGGCACAGAUUGUGUGGCCCCCAGAUGGUGUGGCACAGAUUGUGUGGCCCCCAGAUGGUGUGGCACAGAUUGUGUGGCCCCAGAUGAUUGUGUGGCCCCCAGAUGGUGUGGCACAGUUUGUGUGGCCCCCAGAUGGUGUGGCACAGAUUGUGUGGCUCCCAGAUGGUGUGGCACAGAUUGUGUGGCCCCCAGAUGGUGUGGCACAGAUUGUGUGGCCCCCAGAUGGUGUGGCACAGAUUGUGUGGCCCCCAGAUGGUGUGGCACAGAUUGUGUGGCCCCCAGAUGGUGUGGCACAGAUUGUGUGGCACAGAUUGUGUGGCCCCCAGAUGAUGGUGUGGCCCCCCAGAUGGUGUGGUCCCCAGAUGGUGUGGCCCCCAGAUGGUGUGACACAGAUUGUGUGGCCCCCAGAUGGUGUGGCACAGAUUGUGUGGCCCCCAGAUGGUGUGGCAGAGAUUGUGUGGCCCCCAGAUGGUGUGGCACAGAUUGUGUGGCCCCCAGAUGGUGUGGCAGAGAUUGUGUGGCCCCCAGAUGGUGUGGCACAGAUUGUGUGGCCCCCAGAUGGUGUGGCAGAGAUUGUGUGGCCCCAGAUGAUGGUGUGGCACAGAUUGUGUGGCCCCCAGAUGGUGUGGCCCCCAGAUGGUGUGGCACAGAUUGUGUGGCCCCCAGAUGGUGUGGCAGAGAUUGUGUGGCCCCCAGAUGGUGUGGCAGAGAUUGUGUGGCCCCCAGAUGGUGUGGCAGAGAUUGUGUGGCCCCCAGAUGGUGUGGCACAGAUUGUGUGGCCCCCAGAUGGUGUGGCCCAGAUUGUGUGGCCCCCAGAUGGUGUGGCCCCCCAGAUGAUCGCAGCAAAGAAUCUUAACACGAAAAACAAGUCUCGCUUUGACGUUCCUAGAGUCCGACACAAAGUUGGAACGUCAUGGAAUAUUUUGUUAGGGGAGGAAUACCUGACAGAAUGUUACUAA